UGUUGCGAGAGGGAAUACCCUUGGACAGGACAAGAAGGUAUGAACUAGAAAACUCUUUCUAGCUUCAAUUCAUCUGGAAUCCCGCUGCAUUUCCUUGCCAAAAUGAACGAAUUCCGUGUAUUACUCCUCGAUAUUGCCCAGCAUCUACGAAAAGAUGAUUUAGAGCACCUUAAGUUUGCUUGCAGUACAUUUAUUCCUGCCGGAAGAGCAGAGUUUAUUUCUCGACCACACGAAUUAUUCUUGGAAUUGGAGAAGAUGGGCAAACUAAGUGAGAGUGACCGAGAAUUUCUGGCAGUUAUCCUCGUCAAAAUCGGCAGGAAUGACUUAAGAAAUAAACUCCUUGGGAUCCCAGAAAGACCACUGUAUGAAGAACGACCACAUACUCAAGCUACAGCCAGAAGACAGCAUCAGUUGGAGCCUUUCAAACAAAGAGUCUCAACAGAUAUUAUCUUGGAAAUUGCUGAAAAAACUAGCACCAGUUGGAAGUUUUUAGGCCGGCACCUCAAGGUACCAGAGCACACUUUAAGUAAUAUUGAUGACACAUAUAAAAAAACAGAGGAAAAAGGAUAUGCAAUGCUGAAGAAAUGGUCUGAAACCAGUGCGACACCUACAGUACUUGUUCUCUUGAGGGCACUAGAUAAGUGUGGGAGAAGAGAUCUUGCGGAGAUCAUUGAAGAAAAAUUUGGACCAAAUGUGAAUGUCCCUGGACAAAGACAGUUCCCAAAUAUGCGGGAUCUGGAAGAUAACCUACCAGACAUAGCUGAUGCAGGGUAUCCCAUUGCACAGCAUGGUGACACUGCCAGACAGGGGCAGCAAAACAGACAACCUACAGAGAGAGAAUAUCCUGAAACACAAAAUGCUGUCAGCUCUGUUGCGAGGCCUAUUCAGGUGACAGACCUAGAUGACCUCAAGAAAUCAGGCAAAGAUGAAUAUAAGAUUUGUGAUCUUGGAAAAGGAGUAUUUUCUAAGGUUUACCUUGGAAUGAAUAGAGGAUCUAGAACAUAUUUUGCAGUCAAGGAAGUCGAUCUGGGAGUGAAUGAUGACAAAACUAAAGAAAAAGCAGAAGCACUUGAAAAAGAAAUCAAUGUACUAAAAGUUCUCGACAAUCCUUAUAUUGUAAAGUACUUUAAAACAGAACUUUAUGAUAAUUCACUGAAUAUAUUCAUGGAGUAUAUGUCUGGGGGUUCGAUUGAAAAAAAACUUAAAGAAGUAAAACAUUUUGAGCAAGAGAUUGUGAGGAAAUACACCUGGCAGCUUUUGAAAGGACUGGAAUAUCUGCAUGAGAAUAAUGUUAUUCAUAGAGAUAUCAAAGGACGUAAUAUUCUACUGAAUGAAACACUAGAAUGUGUCAAACUUUGUGAUUUUGGCAUUUCAUUGUACAUGGAAGGCAUUGCGACGAGUACAGGAAACUGCAUGUCCAAUCAGUAUGGCGUGUUUGCCUCAGUGUUUUGGACAAGUCCAGAACUGUUGUGCUCUGAGCCGUAUUCAUAUAAUACAGAUAUAUGGAGUCUUGGCUGUGUGAUUGUCGAAAUGUUGACAGGAGAUCCUCCAUAUCGACGACCAAAUGUAGUUUUGGUUCAAGUCAUGUACAAGAUCAGUACAUGCUGUGUGGAAGUACCAGAAGAAUUUAGCAGCAUGGCGAAGGAGUUCUUGGAUCGUUGUUUUCAAAAAAGUUCUCGACGUCCAUCAGCAAAAGAUCUUCUAGAAAGUGAAUUCCCUUACCCUCAGGGACAGUAACUAUUGAUGGCAGACGUCACUCACAAGCUACAGUAGGUGGUUUCAACAGAUUUUCUCACAGGGACUGGUGGAACUGCUCAAAAUAGAAUAGAAUUUGUAUAAUUUGACGUGUAGUAAUGACAUGCCUUGCCUUGCCGUACCAUUGCUGUGGUGUAAACGUAAUACCCACAGCAGAUUUUUACGAAUUCGAGAAAGGUCUACAUAAAUGUAACGAGGUCCUCAGGUCGAUGCAAUGUAAUCCUUCCAGCAGUAAACACCGCUUUACAAGUAAAUAAUACACGGGUGUAUAUAGCUUUUCCCAUUUCAGACCACAUGUCACUCUCUUGAAUAUCAUUUCUUUGUUUACCGGUUGCACUCGAAGUGAUAUAGAUUAUUGCCAAGGUAAGGACAUGUGGUCUGAAAUUUCCAAUUUGAAUGAAGCGAUUAGUAAUAGUAAAGUACUUUUAAGUACUCCAUAUUACUGUAGGAUGGAUUUGACCAAAAUAUCUCAUAUCUUCCUAGAAAAAAAAAUAGUAUGUGCGCACACGUACCAAAAUGUGCGUAACCAGCGGCUCAGUAGAUUUCGCAUAGUGCUGCAUAAUGAUUAAAUAAUCAAGCUGGGUUCGAUCGAGUCUUUCAUUAGAAAAGAGAAAAACAUAUAGUUAAUUUAUUCAAUAGUUUUUGGAAUAAUGCCGAAAAAAUCUUUUUGACUUCAAUAUGAUCAGCUGAAGUAUGAUUGUAUAAUAAUCGUCUUGGUGUAUAUUGCGCGUUGCUAAAGUGAAAUGUUUAUUGUUUAUCAGUGGUUUUUAAUACGAUUUGUGGUUUUAAUUACAUAGUAAGUACUCUACUGCUUCA